AUGGACCGAGCGUCAUCCUCCACGCUCUUCUUGUUGCCCCCGCCCCUAUUCGAGGACGGGGAUCUCCCAGUGCUCCUAGACAAGGCCAAGGCCGGCAGAUUCUCCAUCCCGCACGAUGUCGACGCUCGCGCGCAUCAAUUCACCUGGCGGAGGCUCGAGGAUGUCAACAGGCGCAUCAUCAUCCCCGAGAUCCUCCGCUACCCGUUCCACAAGAUCCAGAGGCUGAAGCCCAUGUUUUUUGGCGCCUCGAAGCUCGAUGAGAUCGCGUCUUCUGACCAGUAG